AUGGCACAACGUAGCAACCACACUACCACAGCAGCGAAUAUACCAGGUGCAGUGAUGAAUGCCGUGUUGCUACCGGGAAAACUGAAUAUAGUGCACGGUAACACUCAGAGUCUCUGUGCACGCAAAUUUGGAAAACUUGACGAGCUUAAGCUUACGCUUCAAAACCCUAAAAUCAGUAUAGCCUGCUUCACGGAAAGUUGGCUAACAGAAAACAUACGUGACAAUUGCAUCUCUAUCCCGGGAUAUUCCAUGCUGCGCAAUGAUCGUGGUUAUAGUCGAGGAGGAGGUAUCAUUGUGUACUUCCGAACUAAUUUACGUUGCACCAAAUUGUUCUGUACCGAGCUCACCAGUAACGCACAGGAUAAAACAGAAUGCCUCGCUCUCGAUAUCAACGUGAAUAAUGAGAAGGUCUUGCUGUUAGUGAUUUAUAACCCUCCCGAUAACGACUGCUCCCGCUUCUUAGCUGAUAGAAUGUGUGAGCUGUCAGAUUCUUAUGAAAAUAUUGUUGUAAUCGGCGACUUGAAUACUGAUCUUUUACAGCCUAGCAGAAAACGCAACAAUCUUACCUCGGUGUUCGAAUCGUUCUCUCUGACAUGUUUAGGGGAUGAACCUACCUAUUUUCAUAAUACGGGCUGCUCUCAGCUGGAUCUGUUCGUUACAAAUAUCAGAUCUAAAGUACGUCGUUUCGACCAAGUAAGUUUUUCUGGGCUGUCCCAACACGAUCUAAUUUUUGCAACAUUAGAGUUCGAGGUUACCCGAUCACAACCGAACCAAACCUUUCGAGACUACGUAAACUUCAAUGCGCAAGCCGUUGCCCAAGCAGUAUUGUCUGUGCCCUGGAACGAAUUCUACGGUUUGAGUGAUAUUGAUGAGCUGACGAAUUUCUUUAAUUUUCACAUAAAAAGAAUCCAUGACCUACAUAUACCGCUUCGAGUAGUGCAUGCAAAUAGGAGAAUCAACCCUUGGUUCAACGUUGUCGUUAGGCGAGCUAUCGUGGAAAGAGAGCUGGCAUACAGAGAGUGGUUAAGGUCUCCGUCGCACUUGAAAGAACUAAAACGCCAACAUUAUAAAACAUUGAGGAACCGUGCCAAUUUAGUGAUUUGUAGGGCGAAACGAGCGUACUUCGAACGAUAUUUUGAUGAUCAUGUUGAUACCAAAAAUCUCUGGAGCCGCGUAAGAAGCCUAGGUGUUACUGGAAAGGUUUCUGCACAGGACUGUAACUUUGAUCCAGACGAAGUGAACGAUGUUUUUCUUUCCAACUGCACUACAGUGCAACCUCCGUAUCGUCACACAGACAACGCAGGAGCUUACUCCGAUUCGUUUGGCUUCAGUACCAUUGCACCAUGGCAAGUAACUAAUGCUGCCUGGGAAAGUAAGUCAAAUGCUGUAGGUUCCGAUGGCAUCCCAAUUAAGUUCCUGAAAAUUCUUCUACCUCUAAUUGUUGAGCAUAUAACAUUUCUGUUCAACAAGAUUAUUACAACUGCAACCUUCCCUGACACCUGGAAACAAAUAAUCGUUCUGCCAAUUAAGAAAAAAACUCACUUGAACACGCUGACGAGUCUGCGACCGAUAAGCAUUCUGUGUGCUUUGUCCAAGAUUUUCGAAAAACUCAUUGAACAGCAAAUAUCUGCCUUUCUUAGAGAGUACAACCUACUAUCCGAACAUCAAGCUGGGUUUCAGAAAGGGCAGAGUGUAAAAAGCGCUGUAUUAAAGGUUGCAGACGACAUCGGCCGCUCAUUGGAUAAAAAUGGAAUUGGUGUGCUGCUUCUGCUGGACUUCUCGAAAGCCUUUGACACGGGUUCCCAUCAUACGCUGUGCAGGAAGCUAAGAACUCAGUUUAGCUUCUCUACCGAGGCUGUCCGACUGGUUGAAUCAUAUCUCUCAAAACGCAUGCAAGCGGUUUUAUGUGGCCAGCGCCUAUCACGUAGUGCCGAAGUUUGCUCUGGAAUUCCACAAUGA